GGAGUUGUGGGGGUGUGAUGCCACAACCUGCUUAUAAAGGGGCUCGCAUGUUGUUGCUCUAAAUCAGUGCAUAACGCCUAAUUUUGUGGGUCAGACAGCACGCUCGCCCAGCCGUGUACACGGAGCACUUUAACAUGGUGAAGAUGCUUCAGCUUGCCGAGACUCCUCUCUACUGGGUCGGUGCAGUCACCACGGCCUCGCUGGCGCUGUGGCUCCUCUACCACAUCAUCUCCGGCUUCAGGAUAUGGGUGCUAGGAAAUGGAGAUUUGCUCUCCCCCAGAUUGGGGAAAUGGGCAGUUGUAACAGGAGCCACAGAUGGAAUUGGGAAAUCCUAUGCGGAGGAGCUUGCUCGACGAGGAUUCUCCAUGGUGCUUAUCAGUCGCUCACAGGAGAAGCUGGAUGAUGUUGCCAAGUCCCUCGAAAGUCAGUUUGAUGUGGAGACCAAGACCAUUGCUGUGGAUUUUGGUCAGAUUGACAUUUAUCCUAAGAUUAAUGCUGAACUUGCUGGGCUAGAAAUAGGAGUCCUUGUAAACAAUGUUGGCAUUUCCUACUCUUACCCUGAGUUCUUUCUGCACAUCCCUGACCUGGACAAUUUCAUCAACACAAUGAUUAAUGUCAACAUAACUUCAGUGUGUCAGAUGACUCGUCUGGUUUUGCCCAAAAUGGAAGCUAGGGCAAAAGGUGUAAUUCUCAACAUCUCCUCUGCCAGUGGCAUGUACCCAGUUCCACUGCUCACUGUCUAUUCCUCCACCAAGGCUUUUGUUGACUUCUUCUCCCGUGGACUUCAAGCAGAGUACAAGUGCAAAGGGAUCAUUAUUCAGAGCGUGCUGCCUUUCUUCGUGGCCACCAAAAUGACGAAGAUCAGGAAACCCACUCUGGACAAGCCUACUCCUGAGCGUUAUGUAGCUGCUGAGCUAACCACCGUGGGUCUACAGGACCAGACCAAUGGUUAUUUCCCCCAUGCAGUCAUGGGAUGGGCAACUACUGUUCUAGUUCCCAUCAAACUGGUCAUUUACUUUGGCAUGCGCAUGAACAAGGCUCAACGUGGCGGUUACCUCAGGAGGAGAAAGCUGCGAUAGCUUGUAGAUGUCGUCUGAAGGAAAAUGACAAAUCGCAUCCAAAGUGUCCUUUCCUUCCUGUUUGCUUAGUAUGGGUAUGACUGCCUGACUUUUGUAUCAGUGUUUGAGUAGUUCUGUGUCAAGGCUUUUGUAUUAAAUAUGUCUCAUUAGACAAGCCUCUUUGUUCUUGUAAGAACUACUGACCACAGAUGUCACACUGACACAUGUUGAAUGAAGUAGUUUAAACAGGGCUUUUAAAUUGGUGAGCGGUUCUCUUUUGGCUUGUGUGAUAUUGGGAAUGGGUGUGUAAUUUAUAACUAACAGGGUUUAAAGAGUGUUGCAUUGGUGCAUGGAGGGCUGUUUUCACUGCUGUUCUAAGCAGAUGGUAUUUGAAUGGAGAUGGGUUUCAUAAACAUAUUUUCCUGUGUACAAAAGCCACACGUGCACCUGAUUACUUGCUCAAUGCCAGUUCCCUGAUACGUUUGUUUACAGUGAUUAAGAAGGUGAAAUUUAUACAUUGUCUUUUCCUUAGUUGUUGAAUGAUCAUGAGUAUUGGCCUUUUUAAGCCUUUUUUUUUUACAUUUUGUACCAUUUAUUAUUUCUUAGUAUUUAUGAAAUUGGUGGUGGGUUUUUGGUGUUUUAUAUAUGUUUACUAGAUAUUUGCAAUGGUGCUUUUUAUUAUAUUGAGCCACGUUGGACACACUGUCAAUCUCUGAUCAUUCAGAAUGAUGUGCCUUACAGAAAUGUACAGGAACCUGCUGUUAAUGGAGAUCUCUACCAGCUGCUGUUCUUUCUUAAAUGUAGCAAUGCACUUACUGACCUUUUUUAAAAAACUUCACCAAAGAUUGUACCAUGCCAAAUGACUCUUUUUAGGGGUCUUUCUAUGACCUAGAUCUCCAUUUGAACCAAACCCAGGCAAAUGAAAGCGCUCAGGUAUUUGACCCUUGCUGGUUGUAUCACAGGGAAAACUUGAAUGUUUACAUUCCAAAAUAUUUAGGCAUGGACUACAGUGUGUGCCUUUGUUCCACCAAAUCAUGCUUGUGUGUUAAACUUACAGCUUGUCUUUUUCGAAUAAAGAUGUGAUUUUA